AUGACUAAUACCAAUUCCAAUGCUUCAAUUCAAUCCAUAUCAAGUGUUAAAAAGUCUUUAAAUGAUAAUGCUGAACCAAAUAACUCAGAAAUAUCAAUUCAAGAUAAUCAGAAUCAAAAUCAAAAUAAUGAAAAUCAAUCACAACAAAUAAAUAUAUUAAAUUUUAAUUCAAAUCCACCAAUAUCAAGAAAAAUUCAACCAUCAUUACAAUUAAUAAAUAAUAAUUUAUAUUCCAAAAAAUCAAUAAUUUAUAAUGAUCCAAAAAUAUUAUCAAUAUAUCAAUCAUUAAAAAAUUCAAGUACAAUUUUUAUAACAUCAAUAUUUUGUUUUAUUAUAAAUUUAAAUAAUACAAAAUUUUCAAAUAAUGAAAAAUUAAAUUUAUUUAAAGAAUUUUAUUUAAAUGAACAAUUUUAUAAUUUACCUUACGUGGGAGAAAUUGAAUUAAAUAAAGAAGAAUUUGAAAUAACUUUAAAUUUAUUUAAUGAAUUAUAUUUUGAUUAUAAUUUUAUAACUUUAAGUGAUUAUAAUUUAAAAAAUAAAAAUAAAUUUCAGCAAGUAAUUAGUGAAUGGUUUAAAAUUGAUCGUGGUAUUAAUAUGGAAAAUAAUAAAGAAUUUAUGAGAGAAAUUUUAAGUGCUGGAUUAAAUGAUUGGUAUUUACAUUUACAAAGGUAA